AUGACUUCCAUCGAGAUAUCUCCAAUCCACUCCGAACGCAUAUUUCCAAACACCACACCGACAGAACAUGCGGUUCCACUAUCCUUAUUAGACGCAACGACAGCGAACUUUGCUUAUACAUGUCCGAUCUGGCUUUUCGAGCGACCCGAUAAAAUUGGCGAUGAAUUCGAUUUAGUGGACCACUUUCGCCAGUCCCUCCGAAUCACACUCGACGCUUACCCCCACUGGGCUGGACAAUUAAAGAGCAUAUCUUCUUUAGAUGCUGCCAAACUCAACCCGGAAGAACUUCGCUUUCCUCCUCAUGCACGUCGCUUUGGUCGGAUCUACUCGCAUUAUGGAACUUCGGAAGAUCCUGGAGUUGAGUUUGUGACAGCGUCUACCAACGCUACCCUCGAGACGCUUUCUCCGGCAUCACGAACAACAGAGUACCCCCUUUUUGAUCGCGGAAAGAUAUCGCUCACGGACCUUGUUCCUUCUCUACGCCUAGCCAAUUACUUGGGAGCUAAUACCGUAAACGAGGCUGGCUUUUUACCACCCGUGAUGGCGGUUCAAUUAACGAAAUUGGCGUGUGGAGGUUAUGCAUUGGGAAUGAAGACUCUCCAUCCAUUAGCAGAUAUCCAAUCUGUCAUGCAUUUUGUCCAAGAUUGGACAAAGAUCAGUCGAUGGAUUCUCUCAGGAUCACCGGUCCCUAAACCACAAUUGACUCCUCUGUUUGACCCGAGACGCCUGGACUCAAUGGCCGCAGGGGAUAUCAAUGGUGAACAGCCGGAUCAAACUAUCAUCGACCAGGCCCUAAGUCUUCUUAUGCACCGGUAUGACUGGUGGGCCACGCUAGCUCUGUGUCCAUGGCCUCAGGAAAUCCCCGAGCCAUUUCGAAACCAGGAGCACACGCCUAUCGGCCCGGCUAUGCCCUGGUCAGAAUGGGAUUUUGAUGCCCCCGUGUCCCACUACCUGGUCCAUUUGAAUCGCAGCCAGGUGGAUAAAAUUUAUGAAAAUACCAUCCAGGGAAUUAGUGAUGAUCCCGGUGACAAUCGGAUCAGUCGUCACGAUGCCAUUUUGGCUCAUAUUUGGUCAUGUAUCACUCGAGCUCGUCAACUAGGAGAGGAUGCCGGCCUGGUACAUUGCGAUCUCGCCUAUGGAACACGUCCUGCCCUUGGUCUCGGAGAUAACUUUAUCGGUUCCCCGACUUUGAUGAUGAACAUCGAGAUGACAGGCGUUGAGCUGGCUUCACCGGAUAUCCCGGAGGAUGAGCGAAGACUCUCGAUCGCACGGUGCAUCCGCAAGACUGUCAACCAGAUCGGUGAUAAGGCAGCCCUUAGCUCUCAUCUUCAUAGUGUGGCAUAUGAGAAAACGCCGCAACGGAUAUGGCAGGGAUUUCUCGGUCGGCGCCAUCUUAUUGUGACGACCUGGGCUCGGGCUGGUCUCUAUGAGAUUGAUUUUGGGCUGAACUCGUCUCUUGGUAUUCGUUAUGCCGAGGGAGUAUUGCCGACGCUGGAUGGAGACGUGUUAAUCAAGGAUGCACCAUCACCGAAGGAUCGAGAUGGAUUAUCUGGUGCGAAGAACUGGACGGAUCAUGGAGUCGAUGUCUCGCUUUAUCUUCGGACGGAGGAUAUGGAACGGCUUAUUCGGGACCCCGUGUUUCUGCCAUGA